AAAUAUGCCAAAAAAACAAAAUAAAAGUUAGAAAGAAAUAAAUCCAAUUAAUACAAGACAAACUGAACUAAACAAGUGCGUUCUAUUAAUAUAAUUUUCAUCCGUGCUCACAAAUAAACUAGUCAUAAAUUAGCUACCAGGAAAUUUGCAAAAAUGUUACUUCCAAGUACUUUACGCCGACUUUUAGCAUUAACAAAUAAUAGUAAAGCAUUACUACCUCUUCGAACAUUAGCCACAGUUAAAGAAGAAACUAUAAAGGAAAAAUAUGAUAUAAUUAUUGCUGGUGGAGGAAUGGUUGGUUGUACUUUAGCCUGCGCCUUGGGUAAAAAUUCUGUCAUGUCAAAUUUAAAAAUAUUAUUACUUGAAGGCAGCCCAAACCAAACUUAUCAAUUAAAACCAGAAUACAGCAAUAGAGUUGUGGCCCUGAAUCAAAAUACAAAAUCCCUGAUGAACUCUCUUAAAAUAUGGAGACAUAUUGAGAAAGCUCGGUUACAACCUGUUAGAUAUAUGCAAGUUUGGGAUGCUUGCUCUGAUGCGCUUAUAUCAUUUAGCAGUUCUGAUAUACUUGAUGAUGACAUAGCCUACAUAGUAGAAAAUGACCUACUGUUGCAUGCAGUGAACACAGAACUGGCAUCUACAGAGAUAGAAAAUCUCAAAAUAGUAUAUGGUGCUAAAAUAUCAGAUUAUCAACUAUCCAAAAGUGACAAUAAAACAGCCACAGAAAACAUAGUUAAGAUGAGCAAUGGAGAUGUUUAUGCUUGUGAACUAUUGAUUGGCGCUGAUGGGGCGAAUUCCGCUGUACGCAAAGCCAUGGGCGUUCAGUAUUUGUCGUGGAACUAUGACCAGAUGGGUGUUGUUGCUACUUUGCAUCUAGCCGAGGAAACGGAGAAUACUACGGCGUGGCAACGAUGGUUACCAACAGGGCCAGUAGCACUGUUACCAUUAGAUAACAGUCGGAGCUCACUCGUGUGGUCCGUGUGGCAGGACGAGGCUAAACGCCUGCUCAAACUAUCAGACGAAGAAUUCGUAGACGCCGUCAACGAUGCAUUGUGGAAGCAAUAUCCGCGCAGUAAAGGCGUGGAGGCUUGCGUGUCAUGGAUGAGCAGUUGCCUGAGGAAGGCGGGGCUGCCGGACGGCGCGGUCCGACAGCUACCGCCGUCCGUCCGGCACAUUACCGCCGGAUCCCGGGCAGCCUUCCCCCUCGGAUUCGGACACAGCGUGCGGUAUAUCGCGCCCGGAGUUGCUUUAGUAGGGGACGCGGCGCAUCGUGUUCAUCCCUUGGCCGGGCAGGGCGUAAACCUCGGUUUUGGUGACGUCAAAGAUCUCACAGACUUACUUGCAGAUGCCAUUUAUACAGGAUACGAAAUCACACACCAUAGCUGGUUAGAAAAGUACGAAAGCUCUCGUCAAAGACACAACGUGCCCACUCAGAUAGCGGUGGACGCUCUACAUCGGCUGUACACGGUCGAUCUACCACCGAUCGUGCUGGCCAGAAGUCUGGGCUUGCAACUAACUAACGCACUGCAUCCUCUUAAGAAAAUGAUAAUGUCACAUGCCACAACGUAGCUGGUAAAAACAAACGGAUGGGUUUGCACAGAAGCCGAAGAUUGUAUGAGACGUACAAAUUCUUAGAAAAGUGAUCAGUUUUAGUAGUAUUCUUUGGAGAUAAUGUCAGUGUGUUCUUUUUUGUUCUCAUAAUGAUUAACAAUAUGCAAUAAAUAUUUUUUUUUACACUUCUGCGUGGUUAUUUAAGUUUUCCAGUUUUCUAAGAUAGAUAUUUGUUAGGGCAUUCAUAAAAGGAAUUACAAAAGAUGCGAUUUAAGAAAGACAGCUUACGAUAUUUGAAAAGGUAGCACUUGUAUAAAUAUAGGUAGGUUAAAACUUUACUCUGUUGACAGAGUUACAAGUACAUAACAGAGUAAAGAAUAAGCAUAAAGUAAGUACGUAGAGCGCAACGUACAAAUGACUAAUUUAAUGUGAAAUAUAAACUUGAAAUAGAAAUCGCUUAUGUAGUUUCAAAAUCUUAAUAUUGCUUAUAUUGUUAAUAACGAAAAGAAAGCAAUUCGCAAUAUCACAUAGCCCGCUAGUGCCUUUUUUGUCUGGGAAAUGCUUACGCAUCCUUCAACCACUGGGGGAGCGAGAAGAAGGUAUGUGGGAC